AAGGAGGAGGCGAGGCACUUCCCAAAGAAGAGAAGAGAAGAGAGACUUGAGUGAAUGAAGCUUGACUCCCACCGGGAGACGUUUCUCUUAGCCAAAACAACACAACGUCUCCUUUAUUGUGCACGUUUUUCUUUUCAACUUACUUUUUUUUUUUUGCAACGCUCGCGUGGAAAGGGCUCUGGCGCCACCUUCUCGUGUGCUUUUGCCUUCAACAGGUGUGAGUUCCUGAAAGCGCCAUGGAGGAGGGAAGCUGCUUUGGUUCAUUAUAGGCUGCUCACAAGUCGAUCUCUGCUUUGAGGACAAUACAAAUACAACAUAUACAUUUCCAGGAAAAGAACAUCACAGUCAGGAACUGUACAAGAGCUCACCAAGUUUGAGUCCAAGAGCGCAACCAUGUGCCAUGUGAUUGUAACGUGUCGCUCCAUGCUCUGGACGCUGCUCAGUAUCGUCACGGCCUUCGCCGAGCUCAUCGCUUUCAUGAGCCCCGAUUGGCUGUUGGGAUUCCCUCGCUCCGAUUCCGACGGGAACUCCAGCGAGUAUCGGCCCUCUCUGGGCCUCUACGCCCGCUGCCUGCGCCUCGACACUCGGGGAGGAGGGGUGAGCUGCGGGCCGUACGCUGGCUCCUUCGCCGAGGUGGCCAGCGGCUUCUGGCAGGCGGCCAUGUUGUUUCUGGCCGCGGGGAUAUUGGUGCUCACGGUGGUAGCCUGCGUGUCCAUCUUCAGUAUGUGCUUCCAAAGCAUCCUUAGGAAAAGCAUCUUCAACAUCUGCGGUCUGAUGCAGGCCAUUGCAGGACUCUUGCUCCUGGUGGGCCUCAUGCUCUACCCCGCCGGCUGGGGCUCCGAGAAGGUCAUUAGCUACUGCGGCGCCGAGGCUUCCCCCUUCAGGCCGGCUCUGUGCUCCCUCGGCUGGGCCUUUUACGCGGCCAUCGGGGGAACCCUGGCGACCUUUCUGUGCGCCGUUUUGUCGGCGCAGGCUGAGAUCGCCACCUCAGGCGACAAGGUGCAGGAGGAGAUAGAUGAGGGCAAGAGUCUCAUCUGCGUGCUGUGACAUCGCAGUCGUCCCGACGGAAGGGAGCAUGAACUUGUUGAGAUUAGGAUCUGGAGGUGAUGUAUUUUAUUUUUAUUCUUAUUAAAUAGUUGUUUUGGUACCUUAAUAAGCCCUGGUUAAGUUGAGAAAAAGACUUUUGCGCAUUUGCUGGCAAAGUGCAUACCACUGAAUCAGCACAAUCGAACAGAAGCAAUUCAAGAAACCAAUCAAUCCAAGGUAACCACUUUUCAUCCAAUUUAUCCCCCCAAAAUAUAUGACGUAUCUCACAAAAUUCAGAGCAACAAGCUGUCUAUUGAACAAUAUUAGACGUGAAGAGUGAUUUUCCGCCCCCUAGUGGUAAACGUUCACAAAUCUCGGGUCGCUUGCCAAUUGCCAACACACGAAAUGUGAACACAAAUUUAAACUGUGAAGUGUGUGUACUAAUAAUGUUUUAGAUGAAACUGUAAUUAAUGUGAACAUUAAUAUUGUGGUUGUAUUUACAGCGGUUGCAUUAUCAUCUUAAUGGAUUUUAAUUGGAUCCCAUUAUGCAUGUGUACCUAAUGUGGUGGCUGCAGAAUAAACAGAUUGAACAAUAAAUACAGACCACUAAAGAGUAAACAAUAGCUGUCCUCUAAAAUGGAUUACAUCAUUGGACAAGUGAUCUUCUUUCCAACUAUAAACAUGAGAAGUGUUAAUGUAGGAUUUUUUUGUCUGAGAGUGAGCAGAUGAGUGGGACAUUGUGAGUCAAUGGGAUGUUUUCGUUACGUUAACAAAAGUAUUAUUGUUUUGGCAAAUGAAUUGGUAAUGUUAGUGUGGAGGGAUACCGUUUGUAUGCUUUUCAACACGAGUGUAUUCUUGAUGGAAAUUGACAUAUUGAGAUUAAAGUAUGAUUGUGUGUUUAAAAAAAAUGA